AGCAUUGAGGUGAUUUUCAGCCGCUUAUUAGCUCUAAAUUCUUUUUUACCGUUUCCAAUGGCGACAAAGAGGAGCUUUAGAGCUAUCUCCGUUGCUGCCUCCUCGCAGAUGAAGCGUUGCAAAAACCGGAAGAGCAUUGAGGUGAUUUUCAGCCGCUUAUUAGCUCUAAAUUCUUUGUUACCGUUUCCAAUGGCGACAAAGAGGAGCUUUAGAGCUAUCUCCGUUGCUGCCUCCUCGCAGAUGAAGCGUUGCAAAAACCAGAAGAGCAUUGAGGUGAUUUUCAGCCGCUUAUUAGCUCUAAAUUCUUUUUUACCGUUUCCAAUGGCGACAAAGAGGAGCUUUAGAGCUAUCUCCGUUGCUGCCUCCUCGCAGAUGAAGCGUUGCAAAAACCGGAAGCUAACGGAGAAGAUCCGGAAGGAAGCCUAUGCGCAGGAAAGGGAGGUUGAGGAUGAAGAAAACGCCCAGAAAAUACCCAUGAGCGCCUCUUUCAAGCAGGCAGUGUAUGGGGUGGAAGAUUCUACCGAUGAUGCUGAUGAGCUAUCCGAAGAGUUUCAGAGUGAACUUGAUUACCAAAAUUUGGCCAUUAGCGAGACUGAGGAAGAGAAGUUAUUACUAGAUGCACUCUUUCACAAGGAUGGGGCUUCGAUAGCAAAAUGUCUCUCUAAUGCCAUUACUACUUCUUUCAAGGACCUUGAAGAUAAAAUUGAUGUUUCUACACGUUCAGCUUGUGCUUCAGAAACUGACUUUUAUCGAAAGCUGGGAAAGUUUAUGAGCUUAUACACUCGUGGAAAGAUGCCGAAAGCUCUCGACCAUUUGAGUGAACCAGAGAAUUGGUCCCCCGAUGCCAUGUACAAGGCUACAAACAUGUUUGCCUCCACCAGCAAAGCUGGACGAUUCUAUGAGCUUUUUCUUCUACCUAGGGUGAGAGAGGAUAUAAGAAACCACAAAAAGCUACAUUUUCGCCUCUACCAAUCUUUGAAAAAAACAUUGUUCAAGCCUAGAGGAUUCUACUGUGGAAUAAUAAUUCCCCUUUGUAAGGAGUUUUUGCCAUCCGGUACAUGCACCCUCACCGAAGCUGUAAUUAGAGCUUAA